AUGAGUAAACACGAUAUCUCUCACUCCGAGAAUGCCGUCGGUGGUGGUGCUGCAUACGGCGGUGGCAAGAGGAAGACAUGUAUGAGACAUUGUGCAAGGUUCUGGUGGCUCUAUUUGAUCGGUAGCGUCGCAGGAAUCCUUCUCGUCGUUCUUCUCAUCAUCUUUGUUGCCGUACCAAAGAUUGCACAAAAGAAGCUCGAUGAUGCCGAGCUCACAGUUGAUAGCAUCAUCGUCUCCCAGACAACACCCACUUCAUACAACAUGGCUAUCAACUCGACGCUGAGAUCAGACGGCUCAGUCAAGGCCACGAUCGAGGGUUUCGACGGCAAAAUGUUCCUGACGGACCUUCCAGGAGAAGUUGCCUUCGUGAACCUCACGUUCCCCGAGACCAAAUCAGUUAAGCUACAGACCGUCAACAUUAGCCAGCCCAUCGAAAUCAACGACAUGCCCGCCUUCACCACCUUCAAUACCUGGCUUCAAAACAAUGAGUCUGUCAGAGUUACGGUCAAGGGUGACACUCAUAUCAAGGUCAAUGGCAUUGCCAGGCGUUACGGGGUUACUUUCAAGAACACAAUGACCUUGAAGGGUCUGAACGGCUUCAAGGGCCUUAAUGUGACGGAUAACACCAUCUCUCUCACACCGGACGCUCAGGGUGACAACUUCAAGGGUCACGUCUCGAUCCCCAACCCUUCUGUUCUCACAUUGGAAAUUGGCAACGCCUCGUUUGUCAACCUUUUGGACGGCCAGGACAUUGGUACCGUCUACCUCGACAAUCUCCUACUCCACCCAGGCAUCAACAACGUCACCAUGCGUGCCAAUAUUUCUCAAGCCCCCGUCCUUGCCGCCAUGCAGAAAAAGCCCGCCUGCGAGAACGGUAUCAUUCCCUUCAGCCUCCGCGGCAAGAACGUUACCAGCAAUGGCCAGAGGCUGUCCUACUUUUCCGAUGCUCUCUCCUCUGGCGAGGUUGUUACGGAUAUCAACAUUGGCGAAUCGUUGAAGAGGUCUCUGAACAUCACGUUCACCUGCACUAGCUAG